GGAGAAGAAAAAGAACAGAAAGGAGAGGAGGAGACCGAAACAGGAAACAGGGGAGUGGGAUCUCUGGAGUCGGGGGGUGAUAUGGUCUUAGACAACGCACAGCUGAGCGUGGACAAUGGCACCAUGACGAAGAGCUUGGUGGAGAUCAAUCCUGAUGCCAACACAGCUGCUCCCCCAACAGAACCGAAGGCCGAGGCACCAGAGCAGCCGGACCCCUCCAAGAUAGAGGUGGUCUCGGUGACAGAGGAAGACCUCCCCACUGUCGAGACCCCCAACACACUAAAUGUCAGCCCCCUGGGCAGCUUCGACGCUGACGCCCAAUCAGAGAACGGACCUGCCAAACCCGAAGAGUCCAAACCUCCAGCUGCACCCAGCCUGAGCAUGCCAAUCACCAAGGUGCAGACCUUUAUGAGCGAGGAUGACUUGAAGAAUAGCUGGAAGAGCAGACUGCUGGCUCAUCGCUUGGAGCUGCUCAUCUUCUCCUGCGCCAUUGUGGCCGUCAUUCUCGUUCUGGGCAUCGGCCUCGGAGUGGGUCUGAGCUGCGUGGGGAAGUUUCGCUGCGGCUCUUCGUCUCAGUGUGUCAGCGCCUCGGCUCAGUGUGACGGAGAAGUUCAAUGUGACAACGGAGACGACGAGCUCGGCUGUGUGCGUCUGAGUGGGGGGAGCUCGGUCUUGCAGGUUCAGAAAGGGGGGGUCUGGAGGACGGUCUGCUCAGAGGGCUGGAACAACCUGCUGGGGCUCUCUGCCUGCAGACAGCUCGGAUACUCCAGGUACGUGGAGUCAUUCUACGUCUCUCUGACCUCCAUCGAGCAUGACCUUCAGCUAUACCUGGUGUCCAUCAACCUGAGCCAAUCAGAGCUCAUUAAGCUGCAGAACGCCACAGCCUUCAGUAAGACUCAGUGCAGCUCAGGGAAAGUGACCACUCUGAAAUGUCUGGAGUGUGGCUCCAGGCCUCGCUACAACACUCGUAUCGUGGGGGGAAACAUCUCCCGGCUGGGUCAGUUCCCGUGGCAGGUGAGCCUCCACUUCAGCAGUGAACACCUGUGUGGAGGCUCCAUCAUCACGUCACGCUGGAUCCUCACUGCAGCUCACUGUGUGUACGGGUUUGCAGACCCCUCCAUGUGGGUGGUGCACGUUGGUCUGACGGAGCAGCCAGUGCACGGAGCUCAGUCUCUGUCUGUGGAGCAGAUCAUCUACCACGCUCGCUACAGACCCAAAGGACUCGACUACGACAUCGCACUCAUGAAACUGUCCUCUCCUCUGGUUUUUAACGGCCUCGUGGAGCCUAUCUGUCUGCCCAACCACGGGGAGGAGUUCCAGACGGGCACCAUGUGCUGGAUCUCUGGUUGGGGGUCGACAGAGGAAGAAGGAGAGACGAGUGUUGUUCUGCGCUCAGCCACGGUGCCGCUCCUCUCCACUAAAACCUGCAACCACCCGGAGGUGUACCAGGGCCUCAUCUCCUCCUGGAUGAUCUGUGCAGGAUACCUGGAGGGAGGGACCGACUCCUGUCAGGGGGACAGCGGGGGUCCUCUGGCCUGUGAGCACUCGUCUGUUUGGAAGCUGGUUGGAGCCACCAGUUGGGGAAUCGGCUGUGCAAUGAGGAACAAACCAGGAGUUUACACUCGUAUUACACGCUCACUCGGCUGGAUCAGACAGCAGAUGGAGAGAGGAGAAUCUCACAGCCCUGCGACUCUGCGCAAAGACGACUGAACCAGCUCUCUACCUCUCUCUGAACACUGUGGGACUUUUUUCCUUUUAAAUCAAACUCCACAACCAGAACUGUAAGCACUGCAGAGACAAGAGACGGAGUCCGGCAGAGAGUUAGGCAUCGUUUAUUCCAAAAUAGAAAGCUCUAAGGCAA